AUGACUUACUACUCUCUUUUGGCUUUACUGGCGGCGACCCUCGGGGCCGCCGACGACUUUAUGCCAUAUGUUUACUUCGAGAACCAAGAGUUUCUCGCCAACGGCUCCAAUCUUGCUCGCAUGGCCUGGAGCGAGAUAGAAGCGGCCUUUCAGCAUCCCGCUCACGCCGAUGUCGCGACAUUCAGCGGCCUCGACUGGACGAAGCCCUACCCAGGCUCGUCGGUCGACGGCUUCGAAGCCCACCUCCGCAUUGCCAACGAUGUCCCAUGGCCGGACUCCUUUGCCAAAAAUCAGUCAACCGAGGUCACGGCCCUCACCUUUGGUCUACCUUCCGCCCUGAUGGACGGAGGAAAGGGUUUGCCUCUGCCGAUGGACCCGUCUUGGUUCAUUUGCCGUCACUACUUUGUUAGUGCUCGACCGGAUCCUACCGAACAAAUCGAUCAUGGUUGUGGUUUUCUGUCUGAGGAGUGUCGCGCCGAUAUGGAGACAAGUCUUACGGGGAACUGGUUCCAGGAGGACCCAGAUGUUCCUUGCUCGGCACUGAUUCUCGAUCCUGUGCCUGUUAGCUGCCAGGACACACUCGGUCUUGUUCGAGGUGAUGUUAUCGCUUUGAACUCGGAAUCCCUGGAAGAUGCUUCUACCGCCACGGCCUACGUCACAGACCAGAUCACAGACUGGUCGUGGAUGAUUGGCACUGGUGCUAUCGACGAAGGCAAUACGACCGCCUACUAUGACGCGUCAAAUCGGACCUUCAUCAUUGGUACUGUAUUCGGAUACAGCUCCAGCGUUGAUGAGGCCAAGAGGCAGACUCCAAAGUUGUCCCUUGCCUGUCUCCGUCCUGAGUGGGUUCCUCCUUCAACCCCCAACGUCACUUCCGCUGUCCCGCCAUACUCCUACCCACCUCAGACAACAACAUCCGCCACGACGACUACUGCCCAAUCAUCCCAGCCAGCGACCACCGCGCCAUCCGGUCCUGCCUGUGUUUCUGGAACGGUAUCACCUUACCGCACUAGCGGCGACUUCAAGGAGCUGUGCGAGUUCAGCUGCACUUAUGACUAUUGUCCUCCGACGGCGUGCCAGUGUCUUGAACUCGGAAGUUUGCUGAGUAUACUCCUCAAGGAUAACCUCUGGAAGGCCAGAUCUACCGAGUUGGAGUUCAAGAAGCUGGCCUAG